GAUUUUUAAGCCAAAUUCUAGAAGACCCCUGGUAUUGCUUUUGGCAUCGAGGGGUAGGGCAGAAGCUCUACAAUGAAGCAAUCCUUCAUUUAAAAAUAGAUGUCCUUAAACUCGCUUAGAUAAUGGACCCCUUUUGGCAAUCUGGUGAAGCCUAUUAACCCCUUCUCAGAAUGCGGUUUUUAAAUACAAUAAAAUAGGGAACCAAUUAUGUUGCAAUGCUUAUUUUAUCAUUUUAUUUUGAAAUAUUUUAUUUUAUUUUAAAAUUAUAUAUUUUUUUAAUUUUUAUUUUUAAAAAAUUUAGGUUCACAGAUCCCAGGUUAAGAAUUCUAGAAUAAGCCUCUGGGAAGCGCUUGUUAGAGGACAUAAUGUGAUUUUAGGAUCCUACACUUUGCUUGUAAAUGUGUAUUUUAAAUAUAUUGAUUUUAAUUUUUUUUAAAGCCUUCCUUUUGAAGCAAACAAAAAAUGGUUUGAGGAAGAACUGGAAAAAUCUUGAUUCCCUUUGCUUGCCCAGUUAAGAAGGGUGCAGAUCAGUCUUGCAAAUGUACAGUUCAUGUGUUACUUGUAAUUCUGCCAAGUCCGAGACGGUUUUGCUUAUUAUAGGAUUCCAGUGACCGGGUCAGGGUAAGGGACUAGAGAACGGAGUGCAGGGUACUGGUAACGAGUUAAUUAUUGAUUAAUAAUAAUAAACUAGGUUAGUUAGGGACGGCCCUUUUUCACUUGGCGAAACACCAGGUUGGCAGAGAAGUGGAAAUUCCAGCAAUGGAAAAGAAAUUACUGUUGGUCGAUGUGGAUGCUGGAGUGGAUGAUGCUGCUGCCUUAAUGAUAGCUCUGGCAGCACCUAAUGUUGAAAUUCUAGGGAUCACUUGCUGUUUUGGAAAUACGACAGUGGAAAAUGUGUGUAAAAAUGUCCUUCGGUUAUUAAAAAAGUGUAAUCAUCCACAGAUCCCAGUUUACCAAGGAGCUUCCUCCCCGUUACUUAACAGAAUGCAAAAUGAUUAUUUUUAUGGAACAGAUGGCUUAGGGGACAUACCUGAUGCCGAUGCUCCUAGAUUAGACCAAGUGCAACAUGAACAUGCUGUAACUGCAAUGAUAAGGAUCAUUAACGAAAGACCUAAAAUGGUAACUCUGGUUGCCACUGGACCUUUGACUAAUUUAGCUUUGGCAGUGAAAAUGGACCCAAUGCUUCCUAAGAAAAUUAAAAAUAUGUCUAUAAUGGGAGGCAAUAUGUACUCCAGAGGAAACAUUGAUGUCUGUGCAGAAUUUAAUUUCGCAGCAGACCCAGAGGCAGCUUACAUUGUCUUAAAUGAAUAUACUUGUCCGACUUCCAUUACAACCUGGGAAUUUGCAUGUAUGCAUUCACUGUCUUGGGAAUUUUAUGAGAAGUGUACUUCACAGGACAGUGAAAAAGCAAAGUUUUUGAAAGAAAUCUACACAGUGACCACAGAGUACCAAAAGCUCCCCAUUCCCAAAUUAAGAGCCCUCUACCGGAAACCCGGAUUUGUGUCUUGUGACUGCUUUGCAAUGGCAGCUGCAGUGGAUGAGGACUUGAUCACAGAAUCCAUCUUCUGUGCUGUAUCUGUGGAGCUGACUGGCUCCCACACUCGAGGAAUGAUGGUUUUGGAUAUUGAUGACAGACUUCAGAAAGUAAACAGAGUUUCAAUCGCAAAAGAGCUGGAUAUGGAAAAAUUCAAAGGUCUUCUGAUGGCUGCUUUGAAAUAGUAAUGAUAAUAAUAAAAAUAAUAAAUAACAUUGAUCUAGGACUGUAAGGUUUUCAGACACUAUAUUUGUUAUAUCUCAUCUGAUUUGAAAUAGUUUCCAUUAUAAUCUCACAUAAUGAUUUUCAUUUUAAUAAAGGUAUUCAGCUAAAAAUCACAGUAUCAUCAAAUCUUGAAAUAAUUAAGAUUCAAAUAUGUAUUCAAAUGUUGGAACCAAAUUCCAGUUUUAAAAUCUUAAGGGAAAAUUUCAAAAUGUUCAUUGAAAGUAAAUUCUUGUUUUUAUAUGUAUUUGGAAAAAUAAAAUACUACUGAGGAAAAAAAGAAAGAAAUUCUGAUAAGCACAUUGGUGUUUCAUGAGGAGCAAUGUUUAAUGACCCUUAUUUGUCAGAAUUCAAAUGAGUUUCAUAUGAUUUCAUUGCAUAGAUUCUGUUCUGAGAUUUUUGCAGUUUUGCAGUUUUACAUCUGUAUACUGACCCCCAACGCAGUUGAGACUGAGAGAAUUCAUUCAUUUAAUUCACCUUACCUCAUACAGAUGGCAUUAUAUUGACAAACCACAAUGUUACCUUUUGUCUUGAUUUUAUUAGUUUAAACUAGAAUUCAGUUUGUUUCCACGGAAAUAAUCUUGUUUAAUAAAAGUUUAUGGAUUGACUGAUA